GACAUUCGCCUUCCCGAGUGUGGGCGACGGACACACUUUAGCUUUGGCGUUAGCUUCUUUGCUAAUACAUGUUAGCACGGAGCUAACGCAGCUAGCAUGGGUUAGCGCCUCUCUCGCUUUGCCAACUUUUGAGUAGUAAACGCACAUUUUUGGGGAAUUAUGACAACACACAUACGACCUUUUUUUUUUGCCCACCGAUAAAAGAAAAGAGCCGUUUUUGGUUCCCCCAAAGCAGCUCCGGCCCCGGCCGCAGUCCGCGGUCUCGAGUUUGUAGACGCGGAGGCUCGACGGUGUGCAGCGGUCAGUGAGUCCCGGGGACCCCCCCCCAGCCCCCCCUGCCCCACGCAGCAGCAGCAGCAGCAGCACCACCACCACCAUGGGAGACAGUCGAGAUUCACAGAGUCCGGACAGUUCGUCUGUGUCCUCCCCGCCGUCAGGCCAGCGCUCGCCACCUCUGGCGCCGUCAGCCGCGGCCUCUAUGACCUCCCUGCCUCCAAUCUCCAGCGCCGGGGUCAACAGCCCCAUCAGUAGCAUCGGUUCUCCUUUUUCGGUCAUCAGCUCCUCGCUGGGCUCUCCCUGCCUGCCGGGCACGCCAUCGGUCGGCUACGGUCCUAUUAGUAGUCCGCAAAUAAACUCCACAGUGUCCAUGUCAGGACUUCACGCUGUGAGCAGCUCAGACGACGUCAAACCUCCGAUAGGCCUGAAGCUGUCGGGGCAGAGCCCGGGACCGAUGCUUUCCCAGAAACGCCUUUGUUCCAUCUGCGGCGACCGAUCCUCCGGAAAGCACUAUGGCGUGUACAGCUGCGAGGGCUGCAAAGGCUUCUUUAAGCGGACGGUGCGCAAAGACCUGACCUACACCUGUCGGGACAGUAAGGACUGCAUGGUAGACAAGAGGCAGAGGAACCGCUGCCAAUACUGCCGCUACCAGAAGUGCCUGGCCAUGGGCAUGAAGAGAGAAGUGGCUAAGAUGAACGACAGAUCGGUUCAAGAGGAGCGUCAGAGGAACAAAGAGCGCGAGGGCGAGGUGGAGUCCACCAGCAUGGUCAACGAGGAGAUGCCAGUGGAGAAGAUUUUGGAGGCGGAGAUGGCCGUGGAGCAGAAGACGGAGCUACACGCCGACGGAAGCUCUGGAGGAAGCUCUCCCAACGACCCCGUCACGAACAUCUGCCAGGCUGCAGACAAGCAGCUCUUCACCCUGGUGGAGUGGGCCAAGAGGAUCCCCCACUUCUCGGAACUGCCCCUCGACGACCAGGUUAUCUUGCUUCGCGCAGGUUGGAAUGAGCUGCUGAUCGCCUCCUUCUCCCACCGCUCCAUCUCGGUCAAGGACGGGAUCUUAUUGGCCACCGGCCUCCACGUGCAUCGGAGCAGUGCUCACAGCGCCGGCGUCGGAGCCAUCUUUGACAGGGCGCACAAUGCUGAGGUUGGGGCCAUAUUUGACAGGGUUUUGACAGAGCUGGUGAGCAAGAUGAGAGACAUGCAGAUGGACAAGACUGAACUGGGCUGCCUGCGCGCCAUCAUCCUCUUCAAUCCAGAUGCCAAGGGCUUGUCCAACCCCAGCGAGGUGGAGCUGCUGAGAGAACGGGUGUAUGCGUCUCUGGAAACUUACUGUAAGCAGAAGUACCCGGACCAGCAGGGCAGGUUUGCCAAGCUCCUCCUUCGGCUGCCGGCGCUGCGCUCCAUCGGCCUGAAGUGCCUGGAGCACCUGUUCUUCUUCAAGCUGAUAGGCGACACGCCCAUCGACACCUUCCUCAUGGAGAUGCUGGAGGCCCCUCACCAGCUCACCUAGGCGAGCCGGCCGCCGGUCAGGAGGCCGCGCCGCACACCGGGAUUAGCCGCAUGCCGCCCGCAGUCGGUCUCGUCGAGCUUCACUUAAUUAAACUGCAGCACCUGCUGGGCUUCAAGUAGCCCUCACACUUGUACACACACAAACACACAACAGUUCAGCCGCUGUAUUACACACACACACCUAACUUGCAGAGGCGACACGGUUUUAACUAUACGCUCAUAUCACCGUCUUUCUUGUACUCAGUGUUUCACCUCUUCUUACCCAUAUAAACGGUCGACUAUGUGCAUACAUAUGCAUAUAUGUAUUUAGGAGUGUGUGUAUAUGCACAUGUAUGAGUGGUAAACGUCUUAAACAUGAGUUAGCCUUCAUGUCAGAGCGCCUCUGUAUCUUAGAUCCGCUGGGUUCAUUGAUGGUUUUUAGCUUCCAAUCAGGUGCGUAGCAUUUCAAUCAACUCGCCGCCGUCACACCAGCGUGUCUCCUUAUCCACUUAAUCCUAAAAUGUAUUAUAAAUGCUUUGUAUUUCCAUUAUCAUGCUGAAACUUGUUUUUGGUUUCUAUCUUGAAGUACUGUACUCAUGAAAUGAGAGCUUUUUUCCAAGGCAUUGAAAUCCAGGAGGGUUUGGGAGCACUUUGAAUGACUAACGUUGUCCUUCCAUCCCUGAUGUCCGCACAGUGGGCUUUGUAAGACAAAACGAAUGACUUGAAUUUAUAUAUAUUUUUUUGUUUCAUUUUGAUUUGAUCUUUUUGUUUCUUCUCUACUCUGGCAGUCGGUUGGCAGUUUGACGAGCUUGAGGGAGUUGAGAGCUUCACGCCAAACGGGUCGGUUUCUCUUUUUAAUAGCCCGGACGUCGUCCUUCGCCGUUGGUCCUUUUUGCACUUUUGUGAGUCGUACCUGUGUGAACGUUUCCUCCGAAUAGCCGCCGUCUCCGAGACAAGGUACUUCGUGUUGACUUUCUCUCUCCUCCUCGCUGCCGCAUCAAGUCAGAUCAGUCGUGUGUGACGAUGUAAAUGGAACCCGAUUUCUGUUUAUUAGGCACGCCGAGCUCAAUGUGAUGCUGAGCAAUGUCAAUGUCGUUUUGGGUUGCGGUGAAAUAAGCUCGGUGCACCUAAUUGUGACCAUAGAAUAGUGACAUGAAAAGAAAGAUGAUUGGACCUUGUAAUAUUGCAAUAUUCUAUGCCCCCUCUUCCUCUCCCAAUUGAUGACAUCACUAGUUGUGCAGAGACAUACGCAGCAAAGGACCAGCGUUCACAUCAGAGUUUAGGAUGCGAAUGAGUUGUGCGCGACUGACUACCUGGCACUUUGACAACUUUUCUACAUUAGAUGUGUAAAUAUUAGGACUUGAAAAUCACAAACAUCCUGCUCGCCAGUGGCUCCAACAAAGAAUUAAAAAAAAAACAAAUCAACCCCCCCACCCCCCCCCCAUCUAAUUAAUGACUGUGUCCCAAACUGCAGUCUUUGCACCCGUGUUCUUAAUUGGCACUUGACUUUUACUGUGAUUUUUAACCAUGCGCAGCUCCAAACGUGAUUAGCAGUGUUCAGCAAUACUGCUCUGGCUUUCAUGAUCAUUAUCGUGAGCUUUUUUCUCGUCCAGAGGUUUGUGGGUUUACUUUGUGGCCAGCGGUGAGGCUCUAUGGACAGGGAAUAGGUGCUAAAUAUCUAACACAGUCUUGCACAUUCACACCAAUGCAAUCAAUGCACAGUAUGCAAGUAGACGGGCAGAACAGACAACAGCGAAACAGUCAGUGGAAGCAGAUGAGUAUUAGAGAGUCCAAAUACAUCCUCUCAAAGAGGACUUUUGCGUUUGUGUGACUUGGCCCGCCGUUAGACGACCUGUAAGACAGGUGCUUCUUUUUCAAUGUUUGGCUUUAUUUCUUUGGCGAGCGAGUUGUGGGAAUGAAGGCAUUGAGUUUGCGUUUAGCGCAGGCAGGGGUGGGCAAACUACGGCAGCUCCGUUCUUUAAUGCGACCAACCGCGCAUUUCCGUUAUCAAGAGUACUGUUUCUUGUUAAUUUAAUAUAAAAUUUUUCACUGAAAUUGAUAAAUCAAAAUUUAUUUUGGUUUGUUGAUCUAAUUCUAUAAUUCAAAUUGUUUUGAACAAUUUCACGUAAAUUUUCAUAAUUUGCUUAAUUUGUUUGUAAAUUAUAAUGCAUUCAUUAUAAAUACAAUUAAAUGAACAUGAUUUAUUUUAUUAGUUGCAUGAAUUUAGCCGUCCUGUUGCAUAAAAUUAAUUGCUAAAAUAUUUUACAAAUUCAGUUCAAAUAAUUGUUCUAUUGAAUUAAAUUAGCAUUUUCAAUUUUAUUAUUAAAGUACAAUUUUAUAAACUUUUAAUUUAAAAUUUUUUGUUUUGUUUUGUUUAACCUCAUUUACAAAUGACCUGCCCAUCUGUCUAAUUUAAUUGAGCACAAAAGGUUGCCCACCCCUGGUUUAGAGGAUGUUUUUUUUUAUUAACCAGCUCUUUUUAGAAGCGAACCCCAAAAAUGAGUUUUUUAACACGGCAAGACGUAUGCGAGCUGUCUCACCUUUUGCGUGAUUGACAGCUCACUGUGUUUACCCUCCAGAAGCUUCCUCGGCGGAACGUUGAAGGCCGCUGCGGUCGGCCAUGUUGCUUCUGAUGGGGCCGUAAUGACCUUAAAUGCCAAUCUUUCACGUUGAUGAUUAUGACCGGACACAAAUAUGCAAUGUGAACUGUGCGGAAAAUAUUAAUUGAGCCACUGAGAACUAGAGUGGGCUAACUCCAUUUUUGUCGUUUUGCAGGAGAGUGAGUUGAAGUUUUAACAUGGAGUAAAUGUGGGGAAUUUAAAACGUAUGUCUUUUUUUUGGAUACUUGUUUUUACAAAAAUUGUGGUUUUCCUCAGAUUUUAGCAUUUUGAUGAUAUUCUUACACUUUUGUCCACAACGCAACUGUCAUCUUCAGUUUCAUAGGUUGCAUCCUGGUCAGAAAGAGUUAGCCCACUGUAGUUCUCAGGGGCUCAGUUGUGGUAAUGGAGUGGGGGUCUGUUACAUAAGUGCGUCCCAUCCCCGGAUCCACUGUGUGCACUGAAGCUUCGCCCGCUGCGUUGAGGUGUUUUCACUCUUUCAGACGGGCGUUGAAGUUCAACACACAGUCGCCGUGAGUGUGAUACGAGGCCGAGCGAAUCCAAGGCGGGAUGGAGGCAACCCAGCCCUCCACCUCCAUCUUUUUUGGCCUUAGCUGCUUUUUCUCAAUGAAUUAAUGAACCUUCCAAUCAAGCGUGAGCGGAUUAGGCUGUUCAUCUGCGCACUCGUGUGACAUUAUUGUCGUAAAACAAUGUGAAGCUUUCCGGGGCUCUGCGGACAUAAGAGUCCCCCCCCCCCCCCCCCCCCCCCGUCCCCCCAUGUGUUUACUGUACUUGAUGACCACAAAUGCACGGGUUCUCAAACCUUUUGGGUUCAGAGGACGAUUUUUUCCAAGGACCCCAAUGCCCCCGGCGCAAGAGGUGCAAAUUGUGUUUUCUCUUGAGGGAUUAUAAUCCGUAUACAGUGGUGUUUUGUGCUAUUGUCUUGUCUGGUGCUGUGGUGACAUCUUGUGUUUGAAAAAAGAUAGUGUCCCGGUUCGGGCUAAGUGUGUCGACCUGUUUUGCCACAUCAGUUGCACAUAUACCGGAUUAAACAUAACUACCAUGUGUACCCCUAAAUGCCGUGGGAAUUAAUAAAAAAAAAAUUUAAUGUUACAAUAGCAAGUUGAUGUUUUUUUUAGAGGAAAACGAAGUUAUGUCAUGAGGAUAGUGGUACAUUUACCUUUUACUUUAAAAUAAAUAUGCAGCGAUGUCAAAUUUAUGUAAGUUUGCACUUUGAUACGACAUAAUGGGUUUAUUGAAAAGUAUUUUUCAAACCUCUAUAACCGAUGGUGCACGGACCCCAGUUUGAGAACCCCUGCAUAAUUGUCAUGGGUGAGCGCAUGUUUUGUUACAUUUGGAGAUGCUGUUUGAGACCAAGUGAGUUUUUUAUUAAAGAUGGAUGCCAUGUAUAUCAAGACAUUGGUAGAUGACGUAGCCCCCGCCCAAGUGAGGAGCGGGUCUGGUCGGUUUCUUUCUGAGCUGAUGAAGGGUCUCUCAUAGGAAGAGAGUGGCAGCUGGUGUGUUAGGGUCCGGUCAAAAGAAAGUACAGUGUAUGUAAAAAGUCUACACACCCUAUUUGAAAUGCCAGGUUUGAAUGAAUGAAAAUGAGACCAAGAUAAAUCGUUUCAAAACUUUCUCCAUUGUUAAUGUGACUUAUAGAUAACCUCUGCAACUCAUUGAAAAAAAUCAUAUACUUGAGGGGGUGGAAGUAAAAAUGAACUGAGAUGUUUGCACAUGUUUGUCUAUGCAAAAUUAUGAAGACCAGGUCACAUUCAUGGUGGAAAAUGUUUGGAAAUUAUUAACUUGGUCUCAAAUGUAUUUAUUUAUUUUUAAAUCACAAAAACCUGGCAUUCCAACAGGGAUGUGUACACUUUAUAUCCACUGUAUGACCGCAGCUAGUGGCCCAUCUUGGUGCUUAACCUGCAGAGCGUUGGUGCUAUUUUUUUUUUCUUCCCCCCCCCCCCUCCCCCCCUCCACGAUUUUGUGCAUUGGGCUUGCGUAAUGCCGCCAGCCAAGGUGCGCUUUCUUUUCCCGAGAGGGUCAGCGUGGUCCACAUGUGCUGUUUUAGGAGGUCAAAGCUUCAUUGAGGGUGUUUUGAAGGUCAACAAUAGGAGGAAACUAAAAAAAAAUAAAAAUAAAUUCCCCCUGUAGAGCAAGAAUCUUCCUUCCUUACUCUUAGCUAAAAUGAAAUUCACUGUUAUUUUCUGUCUCUCCUGUGCUUCCAGCCUUUUGUUUGUUACGAAGUAUUAAACAAAUGCAUCAACUGUCCAAUUCAAAUGAAACAUGUCCCUCCUUUUUCACGUUUCAUUUUUGUCCUGUUUGUAUCUUGCGCCAUCGUAAACGUGGAGCCCCGUGACUAUUGUGUGCUUUGGAGAUUUGAAAGAAGAAAAAUAUGAAAUAUUUUGUUUUUUCCAGUCGUUAAUUCUGACUCUUGUUUCUGUUUGUUGUAUUAUGUCUGAGUAAAGCUUUUAAUACUGUACACAAA